CCAACACUCGAAGUACGGCAAUAUUUGUGAAAAAUACGAGUUUGUUCGCCGUUUCGUAAUUGUGUCGUACUCAGUCGCGAGUGCCAGUCGAGGUAUUUAGCCUAAGAACAGCAAUUCAAGUGCCAUAUUUUACAACGUUAACUUAAUCUCUAAGGCCUUUAAAAUACUAUCAUGUUCCGACCGGUCGUUGUUUUUGUGUGUGUUUGCGUCGUACUUGUCUCAGCCGAAGAAAGUCGCAAAAUCGACACAGGAUUUGGGGAUAUGCGCGUCAUGUUCAAAAUGGUUCAGGAUUGCUCUAAGACUCAGUUCGUACCAUGUCUUAAACACAAGGUGUUGACAGCCAUCGAUCGGGUGAGUGAACAACAAGAAAUGGAAAUUUUUGACGGUAUCUUGUUGGUCAGAGAUCCAAAUGCAAUAAUACAAGACACUCCUGAAGAUGUUGCUAGGUCAUCCGAUGAAUCGAAAUUAGAUGCUGCCAUUAUAGAUAAGAUUGUCAAUUUUUUCAAAACUCGUAAUGUGCAGUUUAAAUUAAUCGAUGAAGAAUCCCGAAAUUUGGGCGAUGGCCGCAAGAAAACUAGCAAAUACAACUCGCUUCUUAUGUACCCAUUUAUGAUGGGUGGUAUGACCAUACCAUUGGCUUUCGGAACCUUGGCUCUUUUGGCUGGAAAAGCACUCAUCAUCGCUAAGUUAGCACUAACCCUUUCCGCCAUUAUUGGAUUAAAGAAACUGAUCGGUGAACAUGGUGGUAGUCACGAAUACGUCUCCCACGGAAGCCAUUAUCGCAGAAGUCUUCCUGGGGAAGCAGCAUCAGUUGCUGCCUCCAACAUGGCUUAUAGUUCUUACAUGCCCGUCUACGAAGAACCCUUACGUAGCACCACCGACAACUCUGUACCUUUAUAAGACACUGAUGUUUUUAAUUUUUAAGAGAUUUAUCAUUAUUUAUUAACACUGGUCGAUUUUUUCACUGAUGAAUCAACAUAUUGACUAGUGUAUUAUGUUAAUUUAUUUUCAAAAAAAAAGUUGUUUGCAUGAUAAAUAAAGUGUUAUUUUUUUAAAACUAUUUAUUCUUAAAAACAAAUAAAUUAAAACAAAUAUUUGUCACAAAAU